CUUUAUUGGUUCUCAUCUUAAAAAAAUAAGAAGAAAACAUACGACUAAUCUUUUUCAUUUGUAACAGAUACAAUAUGAAGAAACAUUAAACUUUGAAACUGUUGGUUCAUUGAAUUUCGAAAUCGAUAUUUCACAAUUUCGUAUUAGAAUAAAACGAAAAUUUCUUCAAUAUCACUUUGAGUGAAGGUAAAAAAAGAGACAACAAACAAGUGAAAAAUUAAUCAGCUUUCAAAAUCGUUACGGAAAUGAAUAGUAAAAAUAAUUCACCAUCAACAUUACUUCCUUUAACUGAACAUCUGAAUCUACAUAAUGGUAACUAUGACAGUGAAGUCGAAGAUGUACUCAAAAUAUGGAUACUGCCUACGAUCAAACAAAAUAUUCAUGAAGAUUUGUUGAGAAAUAAGUCCAACAAACAAAGGAAAUACUGUGACACUAAUAAUUACUCUAUGUCUGCAAAUGUGAAUUCAGCUGGAGAGUUGACGCAUUCCGAAUCAAACCAUACACAAAUUAAUGAUGAAAAUAAAUUGGCCUCAAAUUUAAAUCACAUCAUGAAACGAUUGUCACGGAAAAUGUGCAAAGAGUACCUCCUUCCAGAUGAAUAUACUGAACUGGAAUCCGAACUUGAAAAGUCACUGAAUAUUGCCGAAUCAUGUUCAAAUACAGUUUUGUAUGCAAAAUUUAAAAGUGACAACCAAUCAUUAAAUCAUAAAACAGUGAAGAAUUCUUAUACAAAGAAUAAUUAUGAAGACCCUAACGAUUUUGAAAAAUACCAAUAUAAGGAUUUCGGAUAUGGUAUUAGCGAGAUAAAUGGUGAAAAUUUAGAAUACAUUCUGAAUGGUAGACAUACAAAAUCACCAGCGAAACAAAUUUAUGGCAAGAUUGUUCGUAAACAGAAAUUAACUCAUAUGAGUAAUGGGAAGAAGAUUGCGAGUACUCAAGUUGUAUGCAAACAUAAAUACUGUGAAGAUGCAAAAUUAUUUCCGUUAAAUACUUGCACAUGUUCAUCCACCUGUGCACCAGAAUGUAGCAGCACAUUGGCAACACGUCAUUUGGAAGUGGAUUUAAACAAAUCAAUACAACAAACGGGAGACAACGAAAAUCACAAUGCGAAUAAUAGUGUGCAGACGUCCAUUUUUUCGGAAAACAUUACACCUUUCAGCUUGACAGAGUGCCCAUUAUUGAUGGACUUUUUUACGAUUAAAAAAGAAACAACUAACUUCUUAUCAAACCAGAAAGAUUCUGCAUGUGAAUCAGAUAAUCUGUCUUCACUGAAUGGUGAAUUGUAUCCUUUCAAAAACUCCCUUGAGUUCCUCAAACCACCAUCCCAUCAAUCAUUACCAAAAAUUAUUGAUUAUUCAACGUAUACAUCCGUCAUGUGGGAAAAUCUGAUGAAGUUAUUGAAUCACUUGAUAAAUGAAGAACGUUUGUUUUGGCUAAACAAAAAUACAUUUAAUAAUUCAGAGAUUGAGACGAUUGAUAUUAAAUCUUUACUCAAUGAUAUUGAUCGUUUUUAUUCUGAAGAAUUGCGCCUGCUAUGGAAGCAAGUCUAUGAAAGUUGGGUUCCUCGUGAUUAUCUACAAUAUUUUUCAGAUGAAACAAGAAAAGUUUUUAUCAAUUUGAAUCUUGUCAUUGAAAAAUUGUUAUCAUUUAUCGAGAAAGGAAACUGUGAUACAUCAUCAACACAUUCGCAUAUAGGUUUCACUCAUGAAGGUCAUUUGGAAAAUUUCGACGGCUUUAAAAGUUAUUCAAAGAACUGUUUCACUAAUCAAGAAAAUCGUGAUAAGAAGCGUCAUUCCAUGAUUAGCAGCAGAUUAUCUCAUUCAUGUAGUUCAUUAAAUAAACUUCAAAAUAAUGAACAGCUAUUUAAUGGACAACACUUGGGAUAUAAUGAAAAUAAGAUAAAUUUUAAGCACAUGAGAGAAUUAUUAAAACUGAGUCAUCAGCAGCUUUUAGAACAGAUUUAUCAUGUGACCGAGAUGGUUGGUGCUGCACUUGACACGGACAUGGAGGACGCUAUCAAUGGAGUACAUAUCUCUGCCGUCAGCAGUCACAAAAACAUCAAUGAUAAUCAGACUAACAGUAGUAUGAGCAAUAAGUUAAAAACGAGUGGAAUGCUUAUAAAUCCAUCAAGUCCAGGUCUACAAGUUGUUGCUAAACUACUCAGUGCUAUACUUGAUUUAGAAACACGAAUAGACACAAUAUGUGAAAACCAAAUUAUAGCAGAGAAUUUAACAAACUCUGAUAUCACAUUCGAUUAUGAUCAAUGUAGUAAAAAAUAUUUAAAAUAUACUCCAUGCUUAUCUUCUGAUGAGACUACUUCAUCGUCAGUUCAACAAGGAUUAGAAUUUCGGACAAAAGAUCUGCAAAACCCUCAGUGUAUAAAAGUGAUUGAAGACAUUUUAGAAAAUGGAAGAUAUGAAAGAGAACAGGUCAGAUCUCCUUCAGUCAAUGAUCAUAAAAACAAUUUCGGCUAAGAAAAAUAAAGUGAUUUAGAUGAAUUAGCUAUUUUAAUAGAAUGUGAAAGAAAUUUCUAAAACACCAGGGAUAAUUAUCUAACGCUAACUAACCAAUUUGCAUUGUUACCGAUACAUUUAGCGACAUUAUAACCGAGUUUUCCUAUCGCAAAACUUAUGAUGUAUAGCUUAUUUGUACCAUAGAAAAAAAUAUAUAGGACACUGCACUAAAUUUUUUUGUCCAAUUAUAAUAAAGGAAUCUUAGAAAGUGUAUUGUUGGAUACAAUUAAUUUCUGUGGAAGUGUACCUGAUUUUUUUGUUUUUCUUGUUCUUUUCAUUGUAAAUUUUAUUCAUUUAACUCUUCUCCAUUAAAUGCAUCCAUUCACUGAAAUGAUUCAGUUUAUUUUACUUUACUAAAUUGAUGACAUUUUUU